AUUUUUUUUAAUGAAACCUUAUGUCAACGAUAGAUUUACAAGUGGUUUUCUUAUUACUCAACAGCAGAAAACAUUACACAAUCGCCUGGGAGACUUGACCCACUUGACCUAAAUAGAGAGCGUCAAGUAGCACACAGACGUGUGCUGGUGCUGUGUUAGUGGAAGAUUUAACAGUGAACCUACAUUUGACAGAAAUUCAGUUACACUUGCUGGCAGGCUAAACUCAAGCACUACUACACUUGAGACGAUGUCGGACUACCACAAGAAGAUGAUGAACUAUUUCGGCGCCGGUGGUGUCAUGUUAAGCUUGUCCCUGGCAAGGGAGUUGGGCGUGGUGAAGAUGUUGAUGGAAGCCAAAGUCCCUCUCACAUCACAGCAGGUGGCUGACAAGCUGAACCUCAGAGAAAGGUAUGUGCGUGAGAUACUUGGUUCACUCGCUGUCGGGGAGGUCAUCAGUGUGGACGACUCGUCCACCCAGUUCCAUGUUCCAGAAGACCGCAAGGCCACAUUCAAUGCAAUAUCUGUGUUUUCCAGAUUUUUGCCACAGUUUGGUUUGAGACAUGCCAGUAUCAAGGACUGUGCUCAACAACGGAACACUGGUGGAAUAGUCUACAGUCAAACCCCUGGGCUUUUUGAAACAUGA